AUGGAUAUUCAUGAAGAAGAUGCACAAAGUGUCGACGAUGACACUACUUCUAAUAUAUCAGAAGCUCAGUUGGAGAUGGAAGUUGAUGAGGCUCCUUCUCCACUGGAUGGAAGACAAGUAAAAUUAGGUAGUACACAUUUUACUUGUAUUGGAAACAUUUUGUUGCCCCAAAAAAGAGUUUUGAAAGGCAAGGAAAAGCGAGGAUACCCUACCUACAAAUAG